UAUUUGCCCAGUCUCCAAGACCUGGAGAGGACCCACCUUCCUAGUUGUGGUGCCAUAAUUUCUACUUUGUACUGAGCAUCCAAGAGCAUCUGAUCAUUCAUUCAUUCAUUCAUUCUUGCCUUUAUCUCUCUCUUGGUCUGUCUGCUUGUUUUUCCUCCAUCUCUCUACCAUACUAAUUCACAAGUCUGAUGUGAUGUUUGGACCAAGAUUUUCCCCAACCCCAAACUUCAAACACUCUUCUUCCUCCACCAGGUCCCCCGAACAAUGAGUCCAUUGGAGACUGCUCUUGACACCGUCAUUAAUGUCUUCCACCAGUAUUCCACCCAUAAACCCCAUCCAGACAAGCUGAACAAUGGAGAACUGAAGCAGUUGAUUGAGAAAGAGCUUGCAGAGUUCCUGAAGAAUCAAGUCAACCCAACCAGUAUUGAGGAAAUGUUUAAGCAUCUGGACCAAAACAAGGACCAGGAGAUUUCCUUCAAAGAAUUUAUGGUCAUGAUCGGGCAAGUCACUGAGGCAACCCACGAGAAACUGCACACAGAGUGAUCUGAGUGGGAAAGACGAAGCCCUGAUGGGAAAUAGAAGAAGAAGAAGAAGAAGAAAAUGACAAAGAAGAAAAGAGUAGUGGAAUAAAGACACGGCUUUCUGAAAGAGUAGAAAAUGCAUGCAUUUUGAGGUGCAGGAGGACAAGGGCUGAAGCAGGCUAGGGGAGAUUCGGAGUUAAAUGAGAUGGUUUCACUUGGCACAGUGUGGAAGAAUAUAAAAUAAAAACAGCUUUGCAUUCA